AUGCGACCGCGAACAAGAUCGCAACCAGGAACGCGAACAGGAACGCGAACAGCGCCCACCACUACGGCGCUCAAGUCACUCGCGACGAACGCCAUUCUCCAGGAAAAGCUGUCCUGGUAUCUCGACACGGUGGAGGUGUAUCUGGUGGACGCCAUCGCCCAGUCCGCGGUUGCCUUUUUCGCGGCGCUCGUGUCGCUGCGUCAUCUCUGCACGGACGUCGACGACUCGCUCCAGAGACUCAAACUGCUGCGCGAGAGCGUCGCCGCGCUCGAGACGGAUACGGUCGCCGCGUAUCUGGACCUCAUCCGGCGACGGCGCAUGCUCUGCAACCUGCGCGUGAUGAGCGACGCAGUCCGGCAGCUGCAGCACAUUGUGGACGGCGUCGGCCACAUUGAGACCUUGGUCGAGCAGGGGAAUGUGGAAGCAGCCCUAGACGCCAUCGAUGCCACUGAGCGACUGAUUGGUGGUGGCGGCGACGAGUGCAGAGAUGCACUAGACUCCGUACCGCGCCGCGACCUGAGCGGGAUCGAUGCCUUGCAAGGGCCACUGCGUGACCUGUCUGUCCUCCGGUCUCGCAUCGGCACUGUGUUUGAGAAACGGGUCGUGGAGGCUCUUGUUGGCGACCUCCGGCAGUACCUCCAAUCUGUAUCGACUGACAGCGUCCUCGUGCGGUGGGGAGCGGCAUGGCAGCGUGAAAGAGCCGGAGGACACCAUUCACAGGCGCUUGCGGACGCAACUGCUUCCACGCACAUGACCAACGAGCUGCGGGAGGCACUGUCCCCUGCUAUUCGAGGCCUGUAUCACUCAAAAGCCUUGCCGUCGGCCCUUCGGUCGUAUCGUGAGCAGGCGCUUCGAGAGAUUCGAGACGUGCUACGCAGACCACUUCCGCGCCCGUCCGACGAUGCCGACUCCGCUGCUCCCACGUCAACGGCCGGCACAGCCCGGUCACGCACAAACGAGGAGAAGUCGGCGAUGCUUGCGCGAAGCAUCCGCGCUCUGGACGCUGCCGAUGCCGAGAGGCUCUUGGCGUCUAUCUUCACCGGCGUCACAGAGACGCUCCGGCGGCUCCAAACGCAAGCCGGUAUCCUUCUCGAUGUCGCCUACGCGAUGCAGGAGGCCCAGGAGGCCGCCGAUGCUCGAGAAGUAAAUAACAUGCGAUCCGCGAGGCAACAGGAGAUGCACAUGGCGUUGGACCUCCCUGGCCUCAUGGGAGACGCGGUGGACGCCAGCCACGAGAGCAUCAGCAAGAUCCUCCGCGUCCGGUCGGAGCAGUCCACGCGCUUGCCGCUGGACGACUUCCUCCGCUACGUUGCGCUCACGCAGCUCUUUGCCGACGAAUGCGAGGCCAUCACGGGCCGGGCCGGAGCAUCCCUCCAGGCCAGUCUCGACAGCCACAUCCACGACUUUGUCGCUGCCCACCACGACCGAGAAAUACAGGCCCUCACCCAGGCCAUGGACGCUGACCGUUGGCAAGUCCAGGACGGCACGGCCCAGGACCGGGCGAUGCUCCAGCAGAUCCUCGCCUCCAGCACGUCCGACCCGGCUCCAUGGGCUGUGCCGCCGAUCCGGAACGGGACGCCCGACGGAAGUACAGCGGAUGCUGCUGGCGACGCGGGAGAUGCGGCGGCCCGAGGACCUUUGGUGGUGGACGACGACACGUUCUUCGUACCGCGUGCGGCCCUCGUCUGCCUCGCAGGCGUGUCGCGCUAUCUUCGCCUCCUGUGUGGCCUUCCAUCGACAAUGGGGCCAGAUGUUUGUCUGUCGCUCGCCGGGUACCUCCGGAUGUCUGACGCCCGGGGUCGUCAGCUGGUCCUGGGCGCCGGCACAUUGCGUACGGUGGGUCUCCGCAACAUCAAGACGUCCCACCUGGCCCUUGUGUCGCGCGCCGUGGCCUUUGUUGCUGCGUUGCUUCCUUGUCUGCGUGCAUGUGUCCGGCGCCAUCUCCCCGCCCCGACCGACGGUGGCACGGCGGGCGAGUUCGACAAGGUGCAGCGGGCCUUUGCGGAGCACCAGGACGCCAUCCGCCUAAAACUGGUCGACAUCAUGGCAUCCCGUGCGCAGGUGCUGUCGACCAACGCGCGCGAGACCGACUGGGAUGCGGGGGCGAGCGGCGCCCAGGACGUGCGGGCGUACAUGGUCGACCUGGUCCGGGACACGAACAAACUGUGCAAGGUUCUGGACAAGUACUGGCCGGCACGCGAGGUCGAGCUGGUCAUGGUGCCGGUCUUUGCCAGCUACGAGGAGCAGCUGAGUGAGGCGUUCCGGGCGGCGGACCCCAAGACGGACGCCGGCAAAGCAAGCAUGUCUCGUGACGUGGCGUACCUCAUCGCCCAACUCGGCACGAUGCAGGGGUUUGCCGAUCUGGGCGCCUCCUUGACCACGAUUGUCGAGAGCAAGGACUUGUAA